UUCGUUUUCAGUUCCCAACGCUGCGAUGCCGGUGGCGCACGUCUCGCCGGUCGCCCGCCGACCACUCUACGUAGCGUCGAUCGCGCCGAUACUUUUCCAACUAAUAAAUCAGGCGAGCCGAACGAAGUAACCUCACGGACAGAUUAUACAUCGAUAUGAGAUAACAAGCGAGUUCCCACUGCGGUGAUUAAUCGCCAAAGUCCGUUCAACUCGAAUGAUUCGAGCGUAAUCUUCGGUUUGGUUUUAGAAGCGGGUAACGUAAACAGAUAAACAUUGUUGAAGUUUUCCGGAACGGUUUGUUGAUGUUGGGCUUAGUAGUAUAGGGUGCAUUGUAUGGAUUGUUAUGCGAUAAUGCGUGUCGGGUGUUUCGAUUCGAGGUAGUCGAGUCAGUGUGUGCCGGGUUGAGGAUGCGGGGCCAGUGGACGGCGGCGCUGGUGUGGGCGGCGCUGGCGGCGGCGCUGGCGGACUCCUGGACGGCCUUCCAGGAGCAGCCGUGCUGCCGGCCGGUGUCCCACCACCGCGUCAGGCACCACCGAGAUAACAUACGAGAGUUUUCUUGCGGCAACCUCUUCUACCGCACUCUGUACAUGAACGAAGAUAGAAAUAUAUUAUAUGUUGGUGCUAUGGACCGAGUGUUCAAACUGAACAUGACCGAUAUUAGUCAGUCCCAUUGUGAGAGGGACGCAUUGCUACUAGAAGCUAGUAACGUGGCUCGGUGCGUGAGUAAAGGCAAAUCCGAGCCGUUUGAAUGUCGGAAUCACAUCCGCGUGCUUCAGCCUAUUGGAGACGGCGAGCGGCUCUACAUCUGCGGUACCAACGCGCACAGCCCUAAGGACUGGGUGGUCUAUUUAAACUUAACACAUCUGCCACGCCACGAAUACAUCCCAGGCGUGGGCCUAGGCGUCGCAAAGUGUCCAUACGACCCAGCAGACAACAGCACAGCAGUUUGGGUCACAGAAGGCAACCCUGGAGGACUACCAGCUAUCUACGCCGGAACCAACGCGGAGUUUACAAAAGCUGACCCAGUCAUAUUUAGAAAUGACCUGUUUGACUUCAGAACAGGACAGAAAAAGUUCAACUUUAAAAGAACACUGAAAUAUGACUCAAAGUGGCUCGAUAAAACCAACUUUGUCGGGUCAUUUGAUGUCGGGGAGUAUGUUUUGUUCUUCUUUCGAGAAACGGCAGUGGAGUUUAUGAACUGUGGCAAAGCAGUGUACUCUAGAGUGGCCAGGGUCUGCAAGCACGAUACCGGCGGCAAACACAUACUUAGCCAGAACUGGGCCACCUACCUUAAAGCCAGACUUAACUGCAGCAUUCCAGGAGAAUUUCCAUUCUAUUUCGACGAAAUACAGAGCGUGUACCAAAUGCCGGGGGAUCCCAGUAAGUUUUAUGCGGCAUUUACGACGGGCGCCAGCGACGGACUAGUGGGCUCUGCUAUCUGCACGUACACCAUGGAUGACAUACAAGAAGCCUUCAGCGGACGCUUUAAAGAACAGGCGACGUCAAGUUCCGCGUGGCUGCCGGUGCUGCGCGCGCGCGUGCCCGAGCCGCGGCCUGGCACGUGCGUCAACAACACCGAGGCGCUGCCAGACAACGUGCUCAACUUCAUCAGGUCUCACCCGUUGAUGGACUCCGCUGUGAGACACGAAGGAGAUGCGCCAGCCUUCUACAAGAGGGACCUAGUGUUAACCACACUGGUGGUAGAUCGACAGUUUGUCGACAUGCUUGGGGACGACAUAACCUACACCGUGUUUUAUGCCGGCACCAGCGCGGGCGAAGUGUACAAAAUAGUGCAGUGGGCGGGCGGCGGGUCGCGCGUGGCCGACGUGUGGCGCGCGGCCGGCUCGGAGCCCGUGCGCGCGCUCGCGCUAUCUCGUCGUGCGCACGCGCUUUAUCUUGCGACCGACUACCGCCUGAGGCAGUUGCCUUUGCGCGUCUGCGCUCAUCGGUACGACAGCUGCGUACGCUGCGUCCUAGACCCUUACUGCGGUUGGGACAAAGAGGCAGGCCUUUGCCGGCCCUACGCGCCAGGCCUGCUUCACGACGCCACCAACUCCACGCCUUCUAUCUGCGAGGCCUCCGCCCCCCUUCGGACUGUCAGGGCUGGGUAUGGCCAGAGUGUCCACCUGGCUGCCUUCGUCAAGACCCCAGAGGCCUUGAAGGACCAGGUCGUGGUCUGGUACCACCACUCUAGAGAGAAAGGGCGAUAUAGGAUUAAUUUUAACUGGGAGCGUGUGCUCCAGACUUCGGAGCGCGGGCUGGUGCUUCUCUCGGUGACGGACGCCGACCGCGGCCGCUACGAGUGCUACUACGGGCCCACGCUCACCGCCUCCUACAACCUGGACAUCGAUGUCCACAGAUGUACACAGCCCAGCAAAACACAAGAGUACAAGCAAGUGUAUUCGGAUUGGUGUCACGAGUUUGAAAAAUACAAAAGCGCGAUGAAAGCUUGGGAGUCUAGACAAAUGCAAUGCUCCAAAAACCUGAACGCAUCGAGCCAGCAAAACAGCAUGGCGAACGAGAUCGUCGCGUCGCUGCGGUGAUAGGCCCUCUAGUGAUUAAUGAACGAUUACGCCGACGUGAACUAGCCGAUGCGCCCCAACCAGGAUGACAGAUGCCCCUAUCGCCAGACUAUGCCACUCACUUAUCUGCAAUCAGCAAAUACGCUGCUUGGAAAUGCGUUUUCGUAGAUUGUUAUAGGAGACAAAAUGCAAUGUUUCUACAUAUGGGUGAUGAGACUGACAGAGUGUGCAUCAAUGAGUCAUUCAUUUUUAUACCACGUGGAUCACAGAUUUUCUAUGAUUUAUAACUGAAUUAAGCAACUAAAUUCUCGGCAAUUAAAGACCUGAUAUAUAUUAAAUAGAUUGAAAAGCUAUACUGAGAAAUAUUGUUCACGAAACUGAAGAGACAUUGUAUAAAAUCGUCGAGAUCAAGAGUUUAUUUUCGUUAAAAAAUUCUUUUACAAAUUGACUCAUUCGUAGCAUCGAGAAUGACUAGUAAGGGAAGCAUUGAAAGGGGACGAUAAUGUAGUGAAGGGAUGAUCUGUUAGAAUAGAUUUGUUGCUCGUUCCGGGCGGCGCGCUUGAUGGAUCACUGACUUCUGCUCAACUUUGGUUACAAGUUCCUUUUGUUUGCGCGCAGAUCGUGCGGAAUAAUAUCGUAUGGUUCGUGUCGGCGAAGUUAAUGUUAAAGUAUUGUUGAAGAAAGCGACUGAGUAAUAUUAUUGUAAGCCGUGAACUUUCCGACGAAACUUUUCUCGAACACUGAUUAAUCAAUCAAAAUGGGGCUUACGCUCGUCACUUGGAUUGUAAUGUAAAUAUUUCACUAAACACGUUGUUUCAAAAUUAUGAGGGUAAGAUUCCAUCAAUACAAAAUGCUGUGAUAUCAGUUCCCGUUGGAAUAAUGCCAUUGUAAAAUACAAAAAUAAUAAAGUAGCGUUUCAUUUUGUUAAAAAUUGAUGUUCGAAUGCAUAAGUGUUUCAAUAAGAAGACAUUUUAUUUUUAAUUAUUAAGAGCUCGAUAAAUGUACAUUUAAAUGCAAGAUGAAUUGGACUAAUUGUAUGUAUAGGUUCAUUUAAAACUGAAUAAAUUUUAUAAAGCUAGUCUCGUCAGAGAGUUAUAGGUAAAAUAAUGAGCAAUAUGAACGCCAAUUUAGACCUAAGCGUAUGUGUAAUAAAAGCUUAUUAUACAUAAUCUACGAAAUGAAGCGUUGACGCAUAGACUUAAUAGCAUUUAUAAGAAUAAGUUUUGUUAUUCGGUGACCACUGAAGUCAUGUUUGACCACAGUUUCACAUAAGUUUCAUUAUUGAUUACAUAGUUUCAUUACAAAAGUCGAUUGUUAUUGAGUUAUUGCCGUAAAAUGUAAUUUUAGGCCCGAUUUCGGACUCUGAAACCGAAUUUAAUAGUAGUUAUGUUGUUCACGUAUUGAGUUUAUUAAAUCUCGCUAGAAUAGUGCCUUGUGAAGCAUGCUUACGAUACGAUAGAAACCUAUUUAAAUGAAUUAAUUAAUAUUAGAUAAGGACUAUUUUUGUGUACAAUGUAAAAACCAGUAGAGUUUAUGUAAUUCAUUAUAGAAUGUUAACAAAUCAUGCGUAAAUGAAGCAAUAAUGUUCCACUGAAAAAAAAAAGUUGCCAGUAUUAAAACUUGCAGAGAUUAGCUAGUACAUUACUUAAAUUAAGAUUCCAUACUAGAUUAAUAAGCAAUCGUUCUAUUUAUUUAAUUAUUUCUCAAAUUAAGACAGUUCAUAAAGCACAAGUUUUUAAUUUAUAUUACCAACUUAAAUCUUCCUACUUAUUAAAUUAAUGCGCGUUUACAUUAAUACGUUAAAUUGUUACCUAAAAGUAUGCAUUUGUAAUUGUAAGCGUCAGUGUUAAAAAUAUUUUAAUUCGAUGAGGUAUUCAAGUUACAUUCACAUUCACAUUAAUUAAUACAAAUUAUGUUAAUUUUUGCAUCUACCACAAAUGGAAGAUUCGUUUUGUUAGUGAAAAAAAUGUUAUUGUAUAAAAUACUGUAAAUAACGGUUUUUUUGGUAGAAAGAUCGCUAUUAUAUGUUUACUGUAAAAAAUAAAUGACUAAGCUAUUAAUAUUAUAAGCGAUUGUUUUAUAAAAGGAAAACGAAAAUAAAUUAUUUUAGAACUA